UUAUGUGAAUUUGAUGCAUAGCAAUUUAGGUAAACUUUUGUUUCUAUGGGAUCUAAUAAAAACAUGAGUUUUUUUCAAUUGUUUUAGUUACUAUGAUUUUUUUAUGACUUUCUUGUUACAGCUCGUAAAUAAUUGAAUUGCCAUAUUUUCAAUGGCAUUGUAAUUGAUAUAUAAAUAACUAGCAAAUUUCUAAACAAUUCAAGAUUUUAAGCUCAUGUCAUUAUUUAUCAUGUUGGAGACGAGCUUGUUUAUGAGACAGGGUAGUCUAAAGCAAAACAGGACCACGGCUGAUGGCGACAGGGACUGCCCCACAGUCCUGCAUGUUGGGCAUGUAGUCAGUUGGGACCUCCUCUUCAACAUUAACAGCCGUUAUCCUCUUUUUAAAUUUUUCUCUUUAGUAUCUACCAGUUCUGAAAAGAUGACAGAUGCUGAAAAAACGAAACCAGUCGAGGAUUUUCUCUUUAAAGGGAAAAGAUUGGAUUGCAAAAAAAAGAUUUUCAGUAAAGGUUUUUUCUUGUUUGACGGAUAUUGGAAGGAAAAUGAAAAUGCAGGUGCUGAAAAGGAACGCGUGAAAUCGAAGACUUCUAAUCUAAAAAAAGAAGUUGCGAUAAGAAGAAUUAAAAAUGAAGACUGCCUUGAUGGGUGGAAAGAUGUGGCCGACAAGCUCGUCAAGGGCAACCUGAAUCACAAUAAUAUCCUACGAGUUUUCGGUUAUGAGGAGGACGUGGCCAAUGGAUGGAGGUAUUUUGCCCUAGAACCAUACAGUGCCACGUUAUACGAAUAUUGCAAUGGCAAGUACAAGGGAGCCAUGCCAAAUGAAUCGCAAGUUCUUUAUCAAAUUACCAACGGCGUCAACUAUCUGCAUGGCAAAGGAAUUGUACAUGGCGAUUUAAAUCCGUUAAACGUCGUCAUUGCUGCCCAAGUCCCUUCCUGUGCGCAUGAAAAUUUCAGAUUUUGGAUGGAGCAAAUUCAGUUAUAGCAAACAGCUGUUGGAAAUGAA